AUGGCUGAAUGUGGCAGUGUCGAAGCACUCAAAGGUAGUUGGGACUAUGUCGACGGUGAAAAUUUCGACGCAUAUAUGAAAGAAAUCGGAGUCAGUAUGAUUAUGCGUAUGACUGCUAAAGGUGUCAAACCGCGUUUGAUAAUUAAUGAAAAUAAUGGAACAUGGACAUUAAGAACUGAAAGUAGCAUCAAAACAUUAUCCUAUGAUUUUGUACCUGGUGUGGAAUUCGAAGAAACAACGGCCGAUGGACGUCAUGUCAAAUCGACUAUAAACUUUGUCGGCAACAAAUGGAUACAUACCAUGAUCGAUAAACAUGGCAAAAAAGCGGUUGUUACUCGCUAUAUCAAUGAUAAAGAUCAACAGAUGAUAGAUAUGGAAAGCGGUUCAGUCAAAGCUCGCAGAUGGUACAAGCGCGUCAAAUAG